UUUAUAUUAGGAGGCGCCCGGCGCUGGAGCUCCGUCCUGGGUUUCCCCUUUAUCUUCCCACCAGUCGUGACGUGAUCCGAAGGCAAAGGGGGAAAAAAAAAGAAGCUCGUCUGCUGGGUUUGCGAAAGCGAGUGGCUACAGCAUGGCAAGGCUGAUCCGCGCUCGGGUGCUCCUGUGCACUUUGGUCUUCGGUUUCCAGGCAGUCUUGGCGCAAACCACGGGCUUCAAUUUCCCUCCUGAAGAUCUUGACUCAUCAGGUGAUGACGAUGACUCUUUCUCUGGUUCUGGGGCAGGUUCUCUGCCAUCUGUGUCUGCCUGGGAUGUUCCACUGCAAGAAAGCAUAAACACAUCAUCAAGUCCUUCAGUGGCUCCUGAUGUGGGAGAUCAUGACCCUGAAGCCCAAGGAACAACAGAGACAACUUCAGAAGACUAUCAAAGAAUACCUGUAUCCCCAACAAACAUGCAUGUAUUCCUCGUGAAUGGUCUGAUGACUGAUAAGCCAGUGGGGAGUGUAGAAGAGGAAGUGGGUGUAUUCACUGAGCAAGCUGUAACAAGCUCAGCAGUCGUAACAGCGAGAGUCCCAGUGACUCAUCAUACUUACACAGUGAGAACCACUACUUCACAAGCUUCUAGUACUGUUGGUGUUAUUGAGCCUGUAGUCUACCACGAUUUGUACCAUGAAGUAAGUAGCAAUGAUAAAGAAGAACCUGCCAGUGAUAUUGUACCAACAAUUAACAGUCUGGAUGCUACCAGUUCCACUACAACAUCCUUGGUUUUCAUCAAGGAUACUUCCUCUCAGCCUGAAGAAGGCAUUUUGCCACCUGAAGAUGGAUCUGGAGAUCAGGGAGAUUUCAUGUUUGGUGGAACAGAUGAAAAAGCAGAAAUUGAAACUGAAAUCAGGCCAGUGGAAGAAACUGGAGCAGGAAGCAGGUCACUUCAUCCUGGAACACACGACACAAAAUCUGCGGGGGCCUCUCAGGGACUUAUGGACAGAAAAGAUGUUCUAGCAGGGGUCAUUGCUGGUGGACUGGUUGGCUUGCUGUUUGCUGGUUUCCUAGUUGGGUUCAUGUUGUACCGAAUGAAGAAAAAAGAUGAAGGAAGUUAUUCACUGGAUGAACCGAAACAAUCAAACGGAGGCUAUCAAAAACCACACAAACAAGAAGAAUUUUAUGCAUGAAUGAACUGAAUUUAAGGACACUUUGUUUUUGCUUGGAUUUCUCUUCUGUCUCUGGACAUCGGGAGUUCUCGCUGCAUUUUAAAGGGGGGAAAAACUACAAGCCAUAAGACUGAGUGUAAACCUCUGCCUCCUUACUACUGGGAACGACUAUAUUUUUCCAAAAUCAAUCUGGAUGAAUAAAACCCUAACCUGCUUUCUUGCACAAAGAUCACCUAUAAAGUUGGACAGAUGGGGGGGGGGACUACCUUUGUCUUAUCUAAGGACUCCUGGGGGAGAUCAAUAACAGAUUGUAUAUAGCCUUAAUGUCUUAGAAAAUGCUAAGUAAUUAGUAAAGUAUAACGUGUAUAUUAAAGACCCUCCCCCACCCUUCAGCCUCUAUUGGCCACAAGUGAGUAUUCUUUUAUACGUUUAAAAAGGCUGCUAUGUGGCUUUGAAAGGUAAAACUGUGGAAUGAUUAUAUCAGCAAGUCACUUAAUCUUGCAGCUCAACACGAGAAUCAGGUGGAGGGAGGGAAGUCCUCCCAGAAAGCUAAAAUAUUUGUCCAAAGUGGUGAGAUUGCUAAACUGUAGCCCUUGCUAGGGCAGGGUUGGCUUUCUUCUAGAAUGCCUUGAGAAACAGAGAGAAAGAGAGAGAUCAAUGGGAUAAAUUUAUACACUGUGCUUUAGAAUCUGAAGCAACACCGACUCCUGGGGAGCGGGUAUUUUGAAAUGUGCACAUUUUCCCCCCAGUUCCUUCUGGUCUUAUUGACUGUGGUGUUAUCCCUGUUUGCAAUGUAUAAAGUCCAUGGUAGUAGUACUGGGGCCACCACUUGGUUAUCUACCUCUUCUGCAUUACCUUUUCACGAUAGAUCUCCCAAACUCACC